CCUUGUGCAGUCGGGCGAGAUAGGAAGAUCUGACCUGGGGUAAAUAUUGCUCUACAACGUACAGCACUACAGGUCUCACGUUGUAUUCUGGUGAGGCUCUAUCCUACUACACACAUCGUAGGUAUGUGCUACAUAAGGCUGUGCCUGUAGGUAGGUGACACGCAGCACUCGUCUGCGUCGUAUGUGUCGGCCUAGGCGAUAUACGCUGGAGAGGGUUAUUAGGGAUGGGAAAACACCGCAGAGCGUAGGCUAUCAUGGCGUGGACACCCGGGGGGGGAGAGACCAGGGCAAGUCGGCGAGCUUCCAUACGAAUGCGAGUCCCUCCACUUCCCCCAAGACCUUGGCGGGUUUGGCAGAGGUCAUGUAGAGAAAGGCACAGUUGCAGGGCGUCACGCGUCAUUGGCCUGACCAGUUUCUCGGCACGGACCGAAUGAAGAAUGGGUUGUGGAUUUUGGCUGCUGUGGUUCUCUCGUCUAUGGUCGAGAACCUCGUCCUUUUUUUUUGGUCUGCCUCUCGGCCUCCCGCUCGGCCUUCCGCUCCCUCGCCCGCGCCCUUUUCCUAUCCUCGAUAUCUCGUUAUUAUUACCUGCCAUUCCGCGUUCCCCCCCCUUCUCUCGUCAUCGGCCAGACCGUCUCUUCUCCCACCGUCCUACCGUCCUGUCUUUUUGCACCCCGAGCCUCGCCCUCUCUCCCCUUUCUUCGCCAAUUGCUAUGCUGGCGCCAAUCCGCCUACCGAUGUGGAAUUGAGCGGGUGGCACCGCCGCUUGACGAUCCCUUCCUACGUGCGACACGGCCGAAUCACUACACCUACAUUACAAGACAAUCGGCGCUUACCUUGCUCUGCCGACAUUACCCACCCCCCGAGGAAAGACAUACGUACACACGUACGAGCACGGAACGCACGCACGCACGCACGCACGCACGCACGCAUACAGGCACACAUCACACAUCAUACAUAUAUACCUACGUACGCCCACGCGCAACAACCCUGGAAGUGGCAGUUCGGAGCGAGGCUGAGACCAGACGUAAUCCGGCAUACGUGCGCACACCUGCGCACACCUGCGCACCAUGGAGACCGGGCGACGAUCCUCGCCGGUGGUGAGCCAAUCCUGGCAGCGGGCCAAAAUCGCCCUGCAGUCGCUGUCGCUGGUGUGCUGCGUCGUCGUGCUGGGGCUCGGGGCGUUGAUGACGGGGGGGGAGAACGGCGGGACGGGGAUCCUGGCCGUGACGAUCGCGGCGGCGACGGCGGCGUGGACGCUGGCCGAGCUCGGCACCUUCUUCGUGCGGCGGCGGCGGCAGCAGCAGCGCGGCGGUAGCGGCAGCGGCAGCGGCAUCCACCCGGGCGCGCACGUCGCCAUGCAGCUGGUCAUCUUCCUGGCGCUGAUCCUGACGCUCUU